AUGAUUAACUUAAGUUAAAUACUAGAAGGAGACAAUGGAGAGAUUACAUUUUUUGAGGACACUAGUUAAGUUGAUUUGGAGGAUAUCCUUUAAGAAGAUGAUGAAGUUAGAGAGCAACUCAAUCAUAUAAAUAGUGAUUCCUAGACUCUUGAGUGUAAUAAUCAAAAUAAUGAAUCAUUCAUCUGUGAUUAAGAGGAAUUCAUUUCUCCAAUUUAAAUAAUGUCUUUGGGACAUCACUCUAAAACUUUUGCUAUUUCAACAAAUUAUUUGAUCAAUUAUUGGGAAAGAUAGCUUGCAUUAUUCUCGAAUAAUAAGAAUAACAAAACAAUCUAAAUUUAGGAUGUGUCAUAUAUAUCAGUCAAAGGAUAAAUAAUAGCUGUUGGAUUUGAGAGUGGCUAAAUCCACAUCUAUGAAGGAAGCCAAUUAAAAUUAGCUCAUAAAAUACAGGAACAUCAAACCACAAUAAUAGGCUUGAAUAUAGUUGAUGUGUAAGCAAAUGAGUUAGUUUUGGCAUCCUCUGAUUUAGAUGGCAACGUCAAAUUGAUUAGAGUGGGUUAAAAUUUAUUCAGAAGUAAAAUUGUAAGCAAUACUAUAUUGAACAAGUUUGAGUAUCCAGUUACUCAAUUGAUAUCAUAGCAAUUUAAAUAUUCAGAUAGCGAUAAAACAAGUUUACUCUUAACUUUAGGAAAUAGCAAUAUGGUUAUAACACUUUCCAUCAAUCCUGAAGUUAGAGUUAUACAUGUUUUCGAUAAACAGAAAUCAAAUAAUGAUCUCCAUUGGGGCAAAUGCAAUUAUGAAGGAAAUCAAAUAUAAUUAUUAUCCAUUCAAUGGAACUCAUUUAUUUAAUUGAUAACCUUUUUGGAAAAUUCACCUUGGUAUUUUUCGUUCUAUUCUGCUGAAACUCCUUUAAUCGGGGCCAAAUUCAUUUCUGAAAACCUAAUCAUUGCUGCUACUGAAGGUUAAUUUUAGGUUCUUUACAUUCCUUAUUUCUCUAAAGGUAAGUAUUGUUUUAAAUCUGAUAGCAAAGCAAAGAUUUCAAACACUCAUUUCCAUCAAAACAUAUAUUGUUUAAGAGCAAUAAGCAAUGUCAUCUACUUCAUAUCUGAAAAUAAAUUGUAUUCAUUGCAUGCAUUGAGUUGGUUAUAAUAUUUAAAAUCGUUAAUCCAAAACGAUUCCCCUCAAUGGUCAAUAGCAUUAAGGUUUCUUGUCUAAGUCUACAGAGGCAAAGUGAAAGGCAUGCCGAACUUAGAAUUGGAUGAAGAUAGAAGUGCAAUUCAAACAUUAGCUCCUACUUUAAUUACUAGUAUUACUAAUUCUAAGAUGAAUAGAGAAUUGAUAUCAGCAGUUGUUUAAUUUAUCCUUCUUUGUCAAAUUCCAUAACAUUUGAUGAUAGUCCGAUAAGGGUGUGAGAAAUAAUAGAUUUUGGAUGAUUAUUAUAGAGUUUUGGAAAUACAUCUGAAGAAAAUCACUUAAUUGCCAAAGGAGAUAUUUUUUGAUUUGGCAAACAAAUUCUCUCCUGAGUCUUUCUAGAAAUUAGUAAUUAAUUUAGAUUUGAAUUCUAUUGAUAUUGGAUACACAUAUGAUGUUUGUCUGAGUAAAGAGAUUUACACUCCAUUAUUNUAAUGUCUUUGGGACAUCACUCUAAAACUUUUGCUAUUUCAACAAAUUAUUUGAUCAAUUAUUGGGAAAGAUAGCUUGCAUUAUUCUCGAAUAAUAAGAAUAACAAAACAAUCUAAAUUUAGGAUGUGUCAUAUAUAUCAGUCAAAGGAUAAAUAAUAGCUGUUGGAUUUGAGAGUGGCUAAAUCCACAUCUAUGAAGGAAGCCAAUUAAAAUUAGCUCAUAAAAUACAGGAACAUCAAACCACAAUAAUAGGCUUGAAUAUAGUUGAUGUGUAAGCAAAUGAGUUAGUUUUGGCAUCCUCUGAUUUAGAUGGCAACGUCAAAUUGAUUAGAGUGGGUUAAAAUUUAUUCAGAAGUAAAAUUGUAAGCAAUACUAUAUUGAACAAGUUUGAGUAUCCAGUUACUCAAUUGAUAUCAUAGCAAUUUAAAUAUUCAGAUAGCGAUAAAACAAGUUUACUCUUAACUUUAGGAAAUAGCAAUAUGGUUAUAACACUUUCCAUCAAUCCUGAAGUUAGAGUUAUACAUGUUUUCGAUAAACAGAAAUCAAAUAAUGAUCUCCAUUGGGGCAAAUGCAAUUAUGAAGGAAAUCAAAUAUAAUUAUUAUCCAUUCAAUGGAACUCAUUUAUUUAAUUGAUAACCUUUUUGGAAAAUUCACCUUGGUAUUUUUCGUUCUAUUCUGCUGAAACUCCUUUAAUCGGGGCCAAAUUCAUUUCUGAAAACCUAAUCAUUGCUGCUACUGAAGGUUAAUUUUAGGUUCUUUACAUUCCUUAUUUCUCUAAAGGUAAGUAUUGUUUUAAAUCUGAUAGCAAAGCAAAGAUUUCAAACACUCAUUUCCAUCAAAACAUAUAUUGUUUAAGAGCAAUAAGCAAUGUCAUCUACUUCAUAUCUGAAAAUAAAUUGUAUUCAUUGCAUGCAUUGAGUUGGUUAUAAUAUUUAAAAUCGUUAAUCCAAAACGAUUCCCCUCAAUGGUCAAUAGCAUUAAGGUUUCUUGUCUAAGUCUACAGAGGCAAAGUGAAAGGCAUGCCGAACUUAGAAUUGGAUGAAGAUAGAAGUGCAAUUCAAACAUUAGCUCCUACUUUAAUUACUAGUAUUACUAAUUCUAAGAUGAAUAGAGAAUUGAUAUCAGCAGUUGUUUAAUUUAUCCUUCUUUGUCAAAUUCCAUAACAUUUGAUGAUAGUCCGAUAAGGGUGUGAGAAAUAAUAGAUUUUGGAUGAUUAUUAUAGAGUUUUGGAAAUACAUCUGAAGAAAAUCACUUAAUUGCCAAAGGAGAUAUUUUUUGAUUUGGCAAACAAAUUCUCUCCUGAGUCUUUCUAGAAAUUAGUAAUUAAUUUAGAUUUGAAUUCUAUUGAUAUUGGAUACACAUAUGAUGUUUGUCUGAGUAAAGAGAUUUACACUCCAUUAUUAUAUAUCUGUCCAAGAAAGGAAGAAGAUUUUCUGACUCCUUUGAACAAAAUGUAUGAGAAACAUAAAUAGGAACUAUAUGAAAAAUGUUUAUGGUUUAUAGAAAUCACAUAGAAAUAGAUUCUAUUUCCGAAUGACCAGAUUCCAUUAGAAAUUUGGAAGAAAGCUGUGAGGUAAUAGAUGCUAUGGUUGAUGGAAGUAUUGGACAUAUUUUAAAGUGAGAAAUUAUUCCAAAUACUUACAACAUAUCUUAAACAACCUUGUUUUGGUGCUUUACAUCAUGAAUCAGUGUAUUCAUAUUUCAACAUAACUUAAGAGAAUUUAUUGGCAACAAAGAUAUUUGAACAAGUAAGCAGCAUUAAAUAAUAGUAUUUACUUUAAUAUCUAUUGUUUAUCAGUAAGAUAAUUGACUAGAUCAAUGUCAAAGAUCCAGAAAAAUUAUUAUUACAAAUAUUUGAAAUCAAUAAAUCUUAUAUUGAUAAUUAUGUAGCUAUGCCUGAAGAUUUGGAUCAGAUCUUGUAAAUAAUUUAUUAUUUAAUGCCUCACACUUCAUUAAUUGAGCAGGCAUAUGAAAGCUAAUGUGUUGAUUACAUAGCUUAUUACUUUCUAUCUUAAAAUCAAUUCAAUGAAGCCGUUAAAAUAUUCUUUAAUUACGAAGAAUUUAAACUUCGAGUCUACAAAUGGUUAGAAUAUCAACCCUACGAUCCACUAAUGCUAAAUCAUCUUGACAAGCUGCUUGAAUUAGACCCUGAGAAAUGUGCCAAAGUCUUCUAAAGCUGGCCCAUAGAGACUUUAUAAAAACUCAUCAUUUAUCAGCCAAAAAGAGAAUUAUUACAUGUAUUCAAAUAUUUAUCCAUUGAUCUUUCUUAAUUUCUUUAAUUGAAACUAAUUGAAUUGAUCAGUAUUCAUGAACCAGAAAAUACCAUUUCAUGGCUGAAGAACAGGUAAUAUUAAUUAGAAGAUGUUGAACAAAUAUUCUAAUAAACCAAUAAUAUUGAAGGAUUAGGAUACAUUAUGGAGCAAAAAGGACUCUAUCAAUAGUCAAUCGAUAAUUACCUUUAGGUCUAUAAGGAGGAGGCUAGAAAUUAUAUUUUAACAUUCCGAAAUCAAGAUAGAGUGUCUUAAUUGUUUUAGAAUCUAAUGAGAGUCACUAAGAUAGCUGUCUAAUCAGAUGAUAAUAAUUAAGACUUCUAUUUGUAUAUAGCACAUCAAAUCUUCAAUCCGUUGAUGCAUUAAACUCAUUGGUGUAAGCUCAAAAGAUCCUACGUGUUCAAUCAGUAAUUUAGCUAGCUCUUCAUGCAUUUGUUUCGCUAUUCUCCAACAGAAUUAAUUAAAAUAAUAGAGAUAAAUCAUGAGACAUUUAAUCAAGUCCACUUAAAGAGUAGUUUUAUUACUGUUUUUAAGGAAUUUGGAUAUGAAAAGUAAUUAGUAGAAAAGAUAUCCAAGAUAAUUAGAAAUGAUAAUAUUAAAUUGCUUAAGUUACUUUAUUCUUUAAUGAACAAAUCUAAUCUAUAUGAAAUAAUAUGUAUAGAGUGUUAACAACCAUACACUUAGGAUUAAGCAAUUCUUUUGAAAUGUGGUCAUACAAUGCAUCCAUUUUGCCUUGAAAACAAAUAUUGUCCAAUAUGUUAAAAUAUAUCAGCUUAAUCAAGUAUUUGUGGGUAUAUAAUUUCAUAGUGCUUGAAAGUAUUGGAGUUGAAGAAUUAAAAAAGUUUAUCUUGAAAUCUAACGUGGAUAAUUAAUAAUUGCAAUUAUUGAAAAAUGUUGAUGAUAUGGAUUUUGAAGAUAACUUUCUGUAAUCAAGUACCCAAGAUGAUAAAGAAAUGAUGGAGUUAAGGUUGCUAAAUAAAAUGGAUAUAUAUGAUUAAUUAAGCGAUUCAGCAUUGUAAUAGGUAUUGAAUUCAUAUAAUUUUAGUACAAUUCUUUUUUGGAUUAAUAUUUUUGA